GGAGACGGUUUCUCUUGGCGCUGUUACCCACAGCUGGAAACUGGAUGAGGUGCGGAUUGCGUGCGCGGACAUGCAGCAGUAUCCUCUCCGCCUCUCCUCGCUUCUCCUUCCUCUCUGGGUCGGGGCUCUGAUUCGCUGUCCUGCUCGGUGAUGUCAAGAAGACUUUGGAAACGGGAGUGACCGCUGGGAGCGAGGCGGCGAUUUGUUUUUCUUGUUUUUCCUUUUGUGUGUGUGUGUGUGUGUGGAGUAUUGCGUAAUUGCGAGCCGAGGCAUUGGGAUAUAACUUAGAAGUUCGCGGAGCUCAGCGGAUGAAUGGAGCUGUUUCCUUUGGAGCAGUGUUUCCAACAUGGGUGUUGACUGAACGCAGGAGGACCCCCCCACCCCCACCCCCGCUCCCGCCCCCGCGCUGCCAACGAGAGUACCAAGAUGCGCUGUUGAGGAUAAAAACCUGCGCUCCACUCGUUCCUGGACCAUGCAGAUUCUGCCGCCCGGGGCGUUAUUUUUGUUAUUAGCCCAAGCGCACUUAUUAGUAUCUCUCCGAAACAAUGGGGAAGUACGAACCAAAGAGGACGGCGACCGCGGCGCGCACUCUGCGAGGACUUUCCACGGGUCGCCACGGGAGAGCCGCCGAAACCCAGCCUGGGACCGCGCGCUCUCGCCGGGGUACGCCACAGGUGCGUCCUCGUCGGAGCCGCGGGCGCCACGGGCGUUCGUGCGAGGGCCCCUGAACUCCACGCAUCCGUGGAAGCGCGUGGUUGCUGGAGAAGCGACGCGAAUCGGACACGGCAAGCGCGACCCCAGUCGGACAGGGACACCCGUGGAGGAUCCCGACGCGACGCGCCACCACAAUAAGAGGAUGAAGUUGAAUGGCGCGCUUGGUAGUACGGGGACGCCAGCAGGUGGACACUACAAUGCGCCUAAGCCCUCCUCAAUGGGCCGGGGAGGCGCGGGGGGGGCACCCGAGGAGGGCGACAGACACAAGAGAGGCACAAAAGACGAGCAGAAGAAAGCCCCCAGGAGGGGGAGAAACCGGCCGAACAAAAGCUCCGGGGUUUUGGCUCAGCCUCACGCGUCGCCGUGGGAACCCAUUCCCAAGCCGCUGGCCCUCACCUCCACCGACCUGCCCUUUGACCUCUUCACCAGCAGGGCCGAGUCCGUGACCUACCGGGAGGAGAACCCCUGGGACGCCACGCCGAUCACCCCUCCCAGCUCGCAGGAUUUCGGGGACGAGAUCAAGAACCCCUUUUACCCGGUGACGAGCGAGACCUACGGCGCCUACGCCAUCACCUGCGUCUCCGGGGUUAUCUUCCUGGUGGGCAUAGCCGGAAACAUUGCCAUCUUGUGCAUCGUGUGCCAGAACUAUUACAUGAAGAGCAUCUCCAACUCCCUGCUGGCCAAUCUGGCUGUGUGGGAUUUCGUGCUCAUCUUCUUCUGCCUGCCCAUGGUGGUCUUUCAUGAACUGACAAAGUCCUGGCUGCUGGGGGAGUUCACCUGCAAAGUGGUGCCCUACGUGGAGGUGGCCUCUCUCGGCGUCACCACCUUCACUCUGUGCGCUCUGUGCAUCGACCGCUUCCGCGCGGCCACCAACGUGCAGAUGUACUACGAGAUGAUCGAAAACUGCACCUCCACCACCGCCAAGCUGGCCGUCAUCUGGAUCGGCGCCCUCCUGCUGGCCCUGCCGGAGCUCCUCAUCCGGCAGCUGGUGGUGGAGGACGCGGGGGCCCCGGACGAGCCUCCCGUCGAACGCUGCAUCAUCCGCAUAUCCACCUCGCUCCCCGACAUGCUCUACGUGCUGGGCCUGACCUACGAGGGCGCUCGGCUGUGGUGGUGCUUCGGCUGCUACUUCUGCCUCCCCACCCUCUUCACCAUCGGGUGCUCCCUGGUGACGGCGCGCAAGAUCCGGCGCGCCGAGCAGUCCAGCGUGCGCAGCAACAAGAAGCAGAUCCGCCUGGAGAGCCAGAUGAACUGCACCGUGGUGGCGCUGGCCAUCGUCUACGGCGCGUGCGUGGUGCCCGAGAACAUCUGCAACAUCGUCUCGGCCUACAUGGCGGCGGGCGUCCCCGAGCACACCAUGUCCGUCCUCCACCUCCUCUCGCAGCUGCUGCUGUUCUGCCGGGCGGCGGUGACGCCGGCGCUGCUGCUGCUGCUGUGCCGCCCGCUGGGCCGGGCCUUCCUGGACUGCUGCUGCUGCUGCUGCUGCAACCACGCGGCGUCCUCGGCCACCGCCAGCGACGACAACGAGCACGAGUGCACCACCGAGCUGGAGCUGUCGCCGUUCAGCACCAUCCGCCGGGAGCUGAGCAACUACACACCCGCCGGCUCCAACUGCUGAGGGAGAGGCUCCUUCCACCCCCCCCCCGGUUUGCCUUACCUGGCCCGGCCACGUUAGGGUUAGGGUUCAUUCCUUACAGUGAUUCUGUUCACUUGAAGUACCCGUGUAAGCCAGGGUAUCCAACAAAGAGCAAGCUCUUCUUUCACUCGUGCCCCCCCCCCCCACCUCCCCCCCGAUGUGCUCCUAAAACAGGCUCAGUACAUGUUUUUAGCAAUCCUGCCUGACACCUUUAAAACUUACAAACCUCCCUGCUGUAGACCUUAUAUGCCUGAACACCACGGGACCGUCUCACGUCUCGUUCCUCUCAAGAAGUUAAACCACGUUAAUUCUUUAGAUUACGUAAUAACCAUUUUCCGCAGGCCUCGUGCGACAGUUGGCAGGUGAAGGUAAUGCUAUUUAUUUCCCGUACAAUAAAUGUACUGUAUGGACGUGAUUGUACAGAAUAAGCCCCUAAUAGAGUGGUAAACUGUACCAGUAUCGUAGGGGAAAUAUAAUCAAUGCCGAUCACCUUUCGAAAUGUGUCACCGUUGAAAUGAUGGGAAACUUGGCUUAAUUAAUCAAAGAGUGCAACCUUGCAAAAUAACUUAACGGGGAUAAAAAAAAAAAUACAGCAUCCAGCUGUACUUGUGUGCUACAACAACGUAUAGAAAUACAGCCGCUGCAAUUGUACAGUUCAUGUAAUGCUGCACACAGGGGAACAAGACUGACAACAUUUGAACUACGGCGCAGUAACGAACAGAUUACAGGAUGGGAGAAUCCAAAUGUACACACACUGUAUGUUGUAAAGUAUCCAGGACUCUAACGUAACUGGGCUGGUCUCAGCGAUUAAAAACACGGACAUGGGCAGAAUUCAAAGGUUGGAACGGACUCGUUUCAUGUCAAAUGAGAGGUGAAAGGAGUGGAAUGCAAUCAAAUGAAACACUGUAGAUUAGAUGGGAUGAAGAGAAUCUGAACACAGUGGAAAGCAAUGGAGCAAAACACCUUGGAAUCUGUUUGAAAGUGAUGGACUCAGGCCUUGACUGGACUGAAAAUAAAUCUGCACUAUACUGUUGUGUCAUGUCACGCCUUACACUUUAGGCUGUAUAUAUAUAUACACACUGUACAAUUUCUUCGGUGCUCUUAUGAUGAAUGCGCUGUACACAACAAAUCCAUCUGUUCCACUUAGAUUCUCAAGUAAUUGAGCUGCACGCCGAUUUUUUUCAGUCAAGAAGACAGAUAGCAGUUGUGUGUUGAAUACGUGAACAAAGGUGGUGUAAAAGAAUAAAAAUCAAUGUCUAGGUUUCACAUAGCUGCCAUACAGUUUGGAGAGAUUGCCUGAGUCAAGUGUAAAUACUGCCUUCAUUAAUAAAAAUGGUAACACUUGAUUUUAGAGUACAGUAAUUAAGGUCCUGAAAAAUGAAACGAUAAUUACUUAUAAUAAACAUUGUAGUUACUGGUAGUUAUUUAUGAAAUGCUGCUUAUUAACUAGGACAGUGAUCAUCAAUCCUAACGGUAUUUAUGGCAUAACUUGAUCAUUAUCACAACAAAGUGCCAAUGCAGCAUUGUAACAACUGCACAACUGCUGGACUGUAAUUAUAAAGGGAAUUGUGUUUUUUAAAACCAAUGAUAACUUUGAUGUUUAUAGUAAAUACAAAGUAGCUUUAUCAUUUUUAAGUUAUUAACUCUCAACUCCUGUAAUAACUGUAAAAUAAGUGCUACCUCAAGUGUGUCAAUUAUCUCAAAGGCAAGACAAGGAUUAACUGUUUGCUAAACCCCCCCCCCCCCCCAAAUAGUUCUCCUUAGUUAUCCAUCACAGCGAGGCAGCCCCGUCAAUUGGGCCUGUCUUUCAGCAGAAAAGGAGCACGUUUGAGAACCCUUUUUGCAAUUAAACAAAGUCAGCCGGAGACAGUGCUUUCAAUCAACUCACACUUCACAUGGGCCUUUAGUCAGAUCGCUAGUUACAGUUACAGCUGACGAAAUCCCCGUGAAUCCCAAUUAACUGUUAUUUCAUCGGGGCAAAACUGCCAGUCGCCAGCGAGCCAUCUGUGGCGGCUUAAGUGUGAAGGGAAGGCUUUAGGUGGUAAUUCUUUCACCAUCACCUGCAGGUGUCGUUUCACAGGUGACAACAGUGACCUCAUGGGGCGGGGCUUGACGGCUGGUCAGUUUUGCAGUGUUGUGUUUUUUGUUUUGUUUUUACCUCUAAAACCUUUUGCAGUUUCAUUACUUGAGUUUUUAAGGAGAACCAAUGAAAUGUUAUUCCCAGUGUAUAGAUUUACAAGUGUAUUGUACUGUAACUCUCUUUUCUUAAUCCUACCGAUCAGACCUGGGUCAAAACAAGGUUCAACCCACUAUCACAACUAAUAACGGAACUGUACAACCAUUUAAUCAGAAGUUAGGCUUAAAAGCCUUAUUUCGGCUCUUUUAACAUCAGAGAAAAUCAUAUUCCUUUAAAUAUUUGUGACUAACAUCAAAAGGUAGCGCUCUUUGUAAUGACCCAGGUGUGAAGUUCAUGGUAAACUGUAAAUUGCGACGCAUCUUUUGCAUGCGAUUCUGCACUGCCAAAAAAACCUAAUCUCUGUCUGUCUCUUGUGCUCUUGUGGUAGUAGCACACUAUCUCUGGAUGUCUCUCUCUCUCUCUCUCUCUCUCUCUCUCUCAGCGUGGAGGUCAGUUUUCCCCUCGGCAACCAUCGGGAAGAGGACUUUUUACAAAAAAGAAAAAAUAUUUAUCAGGUUUGGCAGCACCAAGGGCCAGUCGUACUCAAAAUAUGACAGGGAGUGAAGAACUGUGGGUAAAGGGUGCUCCGCGCCACAGCUGGAAGCAGCCACCCUUUAGCUCUAAUCAACUACAGAUUAGAAAGAUUCAGGGGCGCUGCCCUUCGGUUCUUCGAGUUAAAAACGAGAAAUGGGCAGAAACGAAGCACCACAGCAGCAUAACGCCCCACAGCCGGUUUGACAACUCUUUUUAUUACAAACACUAUCAGGUUACUGUGGGCUGUCCAGGGAUCUCAGUGUUUAUGCCCUUGCGCCAGGUCCGUUUUUAACCAUUAAAAACGCCAUUGGGCGUGUUUAGUUCAGUGAUCUUAUGUUUUGAUAUCCUACUUGUGUUUUUUUUUUGUAAACUGUAAACUGACCUCCGUAAACGCAUUCUCUUUCCCUGCAUUUGUUUCCCGCGAGUAGCUCAUUCUAAAUGGCUCAGUGUGUAGUAACGUGGUUCAAACUGUUGAUGAAGUGGUUCUUGUAAAUCAGUCAGUGGGACGUUUGUUCUGAAUGUUGUGAGUUUCCUCUUCACUCUGAGCAAAUUGUGUCUGUAUUUGAUACCUAAAAAUGUUAAGCACACAGUCACUAUUGUCUCUACGUCUAGUCACUGGUUUCUAAAUAGCUUUUUAUAUAGCCAAAAAACUCUCCCUUUGUUUAUCAAAGAACUUUAUCUUGAAAACUGUCUAUUAAAAUCCUAAAUGUAC